AUGUGUUGUUCAAGACUAGUUUUAUCUUUCUGCUUCAUUCUCUUCCAUGCUGUUGCUCUCACGUUUGCCCAAGACCCUUACUUCUGCUUUGAGACUGGUAACUACACCACUAACAGUACGUACAAGGCAAACCUCAACACCCUCCUGGCCUCCAUGUCUUCCAACACCGAAAUAGAUUACGGGUUUUACAAUUUCUCCGCCGGAGAAGACCCUGACAAAGUCAACGCCAUUGCACUUUGUAGAGGAGACAUCUCUACGGAAGAAUGCCGAAGUUGUGUGAACAAGUCAAGUCACGAUCUCUUACAGUAUUGUCCCAACCAGAAGGAGGCAAUCAUAUGGUACACAACAUGUAUGGUGAGAUAUUCGAACAAACUCAUAUUUGGUGUUAUGGAAGAUAGCCCUCUAUCUGCCUAUUACAACACAAAGAACGUGUCCGACGUAGAAGGGUUCAACAAGGUGCUAAAACCCUUGUUAGAUAGGCUAAGAAUCCGCGCUGCAUCAGGAAGCUCUACUCUCAAGUUUGCUGUGGGAAGCGCCGCUGCCCCAGAUUUUGAAACAAUACGUGCACUUUUGAUGUGCACUCCUGAUUUGGACGAGCUGGAAUGCAGCAACUGCCUGAGGAAGGCUGCGGAAUAUAUUCCACACUGUUGUGAUGGAAAGCAGGGAGGGAGAUAUAUAGCACCCAGCUGUGAUUUAAGGUACGAGGUAUACAGUUUCUAUGACCCUGCAGCUGAGACGACAUCUUCAGAAGGUAUAGUACUAUUCAUGCUUCACGCCUUAGAAAAAAAGCUAUCUUAUUUGUUUCCAGUCGUUGUGAUGUUUGCAGGAAAGGAACGUCACUCAUCUAAAACUGCAGUCAUUAUUGCUGUGCCUACUGUUGUUCCUGUUUUACUAAUCAUUUGUAUCUACACCUUCUAUUUAAGAGUGAGAAAGCCAAGGGAGAAAGAUGAACCAGUGGAUGAAAUAUUGAGUAGUGCUGAAUCAUUGCAAAUCGAGUUCAACAUGAUUAAAGUUGCUACGGAGAACUUUUCUACUGCAAAUAAGCUUGGAGAAGGUGGAUUUGGUGUUGUUUACAAGGGUAGAUUUACAAAUGGACAAGAAAUAGCUGUGAAAAGAUUAUCUAGCAGAUCAGGGCAAGGAGAUCUAGAAUUUAUGAAUGAAGUCCAAUUAGUGGUUAGGCUUCAGCACCGAAAUCUGGUAAAGCUCUUAGGGUUUUGCUUGAAAGGAAAUGAGAGGCUUUUGGUCUAUGAGUUUGUACCUAAUGCAAGCCUUGAUCACUUCAUAUUUGAUCCAAUCAAGCGUGCGCAAUUGACUUGGGAUAUGCGGUACAAAAUUAUAGAAGGAAUUGCUCGAGGGCUUCUUUAUCUUCAUGAAGAUUCUCAAUUUUGUAUUAUUCAUCGGGAUCUCAAAGCUAGCAAUAUUCUGUUAGAUGCAAAUAUGAAUCCUAAGAUUUCCGAUUUUGGCACAGCAAGAUUGUUAGAUCAAACUCAAGACAAUACAAAGAAAAUUAUUGGAACCUAUGGAUACAUGGCUCCGGAAUAUGCAAUGCGUGGAUACUUUUCAAUAAAGUCCGAUGUAUUUAGUUUCGGGGUUUUAGUUCUGGAGAUAAUAAGUGGGCAAAAAAAUAGUUCUUUUGCUAAAGGAGAAAAUGUAGAAGGCCUUCUAAGCAAUGCAUGGAAACAUUGGAGGGAGGGGACAGUUUCAAAUCUUGUAGAUCCUACAAUGAGCUCCAAUUCAACAGCUGAAAUAAUGAAAUGCAUCCACAUUGGGUUACUAUGUGUUCAAGAAAAUGUUGCUGAGAGACCAACAAUUGCUUCAGUCGUUCUCAUGCUUAGUAGCUACUCUAUCACUCUAUCAGUCCCAACAAAACCUGCAUUUCUCAUGUACAGUAGCACUAGACCAGACAUGUCAUCCCAAUCACAAAAUAGCUUAGAGCAUAGAAUAAAAUCUUCCAAUGUCACAGAAAACACAAGGGCACUGAGAAUGGGGUCUUCAUCAAGACUACUCUCUUUCUUCUUCUAUGGCUUCCUCAUACAUCUUGUUAAUCCCGCCAUUGCGCAGCGAGAUCCCUACGUGCUUCACGAAUGUUCUACAAAUGGUAAUGUUAGCAGUAACAGUGCCUACAGGGCAAACCUCAACACCCUCCUUUCCAACCUCUCUUCUAAAAGCCAAAUCGAUAAUGGGUUCUACAAUUACUCUGCCGGAGAGAACUCCGACAAAGUUAACGCAAUCGCACUCUGCAGAGGAGACCUCACGGCAACUGACUGCCGGAGUUGUGUCAAUAUGUCUGCUCACGAGCUCUUAGUGUUAUGUCCGAACGAGAAGGAGGGCAUCAUGUGGUAUAUGAACUGCACAGUGCGAUACGCGAACAACUCCAUAUUUGGUGUUAUGGAAAUUGAGCCUAUGACUUCUCUAAUGAGCGUAGCAAAUGUCUCGGAGAAGAGUGGGACGUACAAACAAGUGCUUGCGGGCUUGCUGGAUGGCCUAAGAAGUAAAGCUGCAUCUGGUGAUUCCCUUCGAAAGCUUGCGAUUGGAGCUGCCAACUCCACAUACUUCAAUCUAUAUGCACUUUUGCAGUGCACUCCUGACUUGGAUGAGCAAGAAUGCAGCAAUUGCCUUAAUCAGACUAUCCGGUAUCUUCCAGAAUGUUGUGGCGAUACGACAGGAGCGAGAGUUCUUACACCCAGCUGUAACUUAAGGUAUGAGGACUACAGAUUCUAUGACAAUACUACCGCUGAACUGCCAUCAUCAUCCUAUCUUCCUCCUCCUCCUCCUGCAGCAGCUGAAGGAAAGAAGAGUAACUCAUCUCAAACUAUCAUUAUAGUUGUGGCGGUUGUUGUUUUUGUGGUCUUAAUAAUCUGCACCUGCGUCUGUUUCUAUUUAAGAGUGAAAAAGCGAAGGAAGAAAGUUGAAACUGUGGAUGGAAUUGUUAGUGGUGAAUCAUUGCAAUUCGACUUUGCUACAAUUAGAGUUGCUACAGAGAAUUUUUCAGAAGAAAAUAAGCUUGGGCAAGGUGGAUUUGGUGCAGUUUACAAGGGUAUGCUCUCGAAUGGACAAGAAAUAGCGGUGAAAAGGUUGUCUAUGGGUUCUGGACAAGGUGAUCAAGAAUUUAAGAAUGAGGUCUUGCUAGUGGCUAAGCUUCAACACCGUAAUUUAGUUAGGCUCUUAGGUUUUUGCUUGGAAGGAAACGAAAGGCUUCUCAUCUAUGAGCUCAUGCCUAAUGCAAGCCUUGAUCGCUUUCUAUUUGAUCCAAUCAAACGUUUGCAUUUGGAUUGGGAGAGGCGUUACAAAAUCAUAGAUGGCAUUGCUCGAGGGCUUCUUUAUCUUCACGAAGAUUCUCAAUUUCGUAUUAUUCAUCGUGAUCUCAAAACUAGUAACAUUCUACUAGAUUCAGAGAUGAAUCCCAAAAUUGCAGAUUUUGGCAUGGCGAGAUUGUUUGUACUAGAUCAAACUCAUGCAAAUACAAGAAGAAUCGUUGGAACUUAUGGAUAUAUGGCUCCAGAAUAUGCAAUGCAUGGACACUUCUCUGUAAAAACUGAUGUCUUUAGUUUCGGUGUAUUAGUUCUGGAGAUGGCGUCUGGGCAGAAAAAUAGUUAUUUCCGCAUAGGGGAAAAUUUAGAAGAUCUUCUUAGCUAUGCAUGGCGAAAUUGGAGGGAAGGAACAGCAUCCAACCUUAUCGAUCCCACAUUGAGAGCUAGCUCAACAUCUGAAAUAAUGCGAUGCAUCCACAUAGGCUUGCUAUGUGUUCAAGAAAAUGUAGCUGAUAGACCGACUAUGGCUUCAAUUGUUCUCAUGUUUAACAGUAACUCUAUCACUUUAUCGGUGCCUUCUCGGCCUGCAUUUUUUAUGCACACCACCGCCGAAUCAGAUGUGUCAUCUGACCAAUCCUUCCAAGCGUCAACAAAUGAGGCUACGAUCAGUGAGUUAUAUCCUCGAUAGUGUUUGAUGGAAGUAAUAAGAAUUCUUCAUUCAAGUCUUUGGAAAGGCCAUGUAAUUUCAGUUCACUUAAUGUAAGCUCCAUUUGGUUUACGGAAUGGGUAUUCCAUUAAAAAAUGAA